AUGGGGCAGAGGGGGGGUCUUAUUGCAAUUUUUCCUUCCCCAGGAAAUGGCUACAUCGAAGGCAAAGAGCUGGAAAACUUCUUGCAGGAGCUGGAAAGCGCGAGGAAGGGGGCGGGAGUGGACUCCAAGAAGGACAACUUGGGCGACAAGAUGAAGGAGUUCAUGCACAAGUACGACAAAAACGCAGACGGCAAAAUUGAGAUGGCGGAGCUGGCCCAGAUCCUGCCCACGGAGGAGAAUUUCCUGCUGUGUUUCCGCCAGCACGUGGGCUCCAGCUCGGAGUUCAUGGAGGCUUGGCGCCGGUACGACACGGACCGCAGCGGCUACAUCGAAGCCAACGAGCUGAAGGGCUUCUUAUCAGACCUGCUGAAGAAGGCGAACCGGCCCUACGACGAGCCCAAGCUGGUGGAGUACACACAGACCAUUCUGCGGAUGUUCGACAUGAACGGUGACGGGAAGCUGGGCCUCUCGGAGAUGUCCCGACUUUUGCCUGUGCAAGAAAACUUCCUCCUGAAGUUUCAGGGGAUGAAGCUGUCCUCCGAGGAGUUCAAUGCCAUCUUCGCCUUCUACGACAAGGAUGGAAGUGGCUUCAUUGAUGAGAACGAGCUGGACGCGCUUUUGAAAGACCUGUAUGAGAAGAACAAGAAAGAGAUGAACAUCCAGCAGCUCACCAACUACAGGAAGAGCAUCAUGAACCUCUCCGACGGGGGCAAGCUCUACCGCAAGGAACUGGAGAUCGUCCUCUGCAGCGAGCCCCCCGUGUAGGGGGGGGCAGUUCUCCGGGUCCCCCAGGACUCACCGUGGGGUUGGGGGGGGGGGCAAGGAGGGAC